UGCCCCCUCAACAAGUCUACACCAAGUUGGAUUUGAAAGAUGUGUUCUUUAGCCUCCUGUUGGCCGAGUUCAUCAUAGUCUUCAUUCCUGCUUCAUGGGGGGGGCGGCGCUCGGAAGCCAGGACAGGCGCGUGCAGUGCUGGGGGUUACUCUCGAGCGAGGAAAACGACGGUGGCCGGCCGAGCCUGGCGCCGAGCCUGGCGUUCCGGGAAGUCCCCCGGCGGUGAGAGGGGGUUGCCCAAGCGCUCGGAGAGACAGGUGGGCCAACAUGAAGUCCAGCCCCUCCAUCCAAGCCGCCAUCGACCUCGCAGCGGGGGCUGCCGGGGGCGCCGCGUGUGUACUGACAGGCCAGCCCUUCGACACAAUCAAAGUGAAGAUGCAGACGUUCCCCAGCCUGUACAGGAGCCUCACCGACUGCUUCCUGAAGACCUACAGCCAGGUGGGCUUCCGCGGCUUCUACAAGGGAACUGGCCCGGCGCUAAUGGCCUACGUUAGUCAGAGCUCUGUCCUAUUCAUGUGCUACGGCUUCUGCCAGCAGUUUGUCAGGAGAGUGGCUGGCCUGGACACGCAGACAGAGCUGAGUGACCUGCAGACUGCGGCCGCAGGGUCCUUGGCCUCUGGGUUUGCUGCCCUGGCCCUUUGCCCCACUGAGCUUGUCAAGUGCCGGCUGCAGACUAUGCAUGAAAUGAAGAUUUCGGGAAAGAUAGCAAAAAGCCAUAAAACAAUCUGGUGUGUUGUGAAAAAUAUCCUUAUCAAGGAUGGCCCCUUAGGCUUCUACCAUGGACUGUCGACCACUCUAAUUCAGGAGAUACCAGGCUAUUUCUUCUAUUUCGGUGGCUAUGAACUGAGCCGAACGUUUUUUGCAUCUGGAAGAUCAAAGGAUGAACUAGGUCCUGUCCCUUUGAUGUUAAGUGGCGGAGUUGCUGGAAUCUGCCUCUGGUUUGUCAUAUUCCCAGUGGAUUGUAUUAAAUCCAGAAUUCAAGUUCUUUCCAUGCAUGGAAAACAGGCAGGAUUUAUUGGGACUCUUUUAAGUGUUGUGAGAAAUGAAGGAGUACUAACCUUGUAUUCUGGACUGAAAGCUACUCUUAUUCGAGCCAUCCCCUCCAAUGCCGCACUAUUUCUGGCCUAUGAAUACAGCAGGAAGAUGAUGAUGAGCAAGUUAGAAGCACACUGAAAUGCUGGUGAACCUGCGUGCGUGUACCUGAGUUUGAGAACUAAGUUGUCCUUAGGGCUAAUGGAAUGCAAGACCAAUAUGAAAUUAUUUUUGACUGUGUAGGAACUUUGGUUUGGUCUUCUAUUCUAAACCUCAUACUGUAUGGAAGGAUCUUUAGUUUGUGUCACUUAAUUUGUCCUUAUAACCACACUGAAAUAGAAAUGUCGCUCUUGCCCUUUGUGGGUUAUAUACAGGGUGAGCCCUGUGGCUCUAGGUUCCUAAUCUGAAGGGUUAAAUAUAAUUCUCUCGGGUCUUUUUCAUAAAUCUGUAUGUAGACUGCAGCUUCGAUGGUUAUGUAUUGUGAAUAAAAUGCAAGUUGGUUCCCUAUUUAGUCUUAAAUA